CAGGGUCUCUUGUCGAAUAGGUGAAAGGUUAAGGCAGCCGACGCUGGUAUUCAUCAAUGGCGACAGACGCUGAGUAGCCGGUUAAUGUCUAGAGGUGGUCUGUUCAAACAUUUCCUUCAUAAUGGACGAAGGGAGCCUGGAGGCUGCCAUUGAGACUUACAAUGCCCAAUUACAGCAGGUGGAAACAGCAUUGGGGGCUGGGCUGGACCCCUCCCAACAGCUGGACCUCUUAAAACUGAGAGACGAUUUACUGCAGCUGAUAGAGCUCACAGAGUCGAGCCUCGUAUCGGUGAAGAAGAGCAAGCUGCUAGCUAGUUUGGAAGGGGGGUCGGCCUCACAGCUGGAGCCCAAAGCAGAGGAACCAGAGCCCGGUGACACUGACCAGGAGUAUGCUGCUUUUUGUGCUGCUAUUUCUGAACCUUCACCUGCUAAUUCCAAUAGUAAAAACAUAACUGAAUCCAGUCAGGUGCCUAAUCCAGAUCAUUUUCAGAAUGGGGAGGAGGAGGAAGAUGGUGGUUAUGAUGAUGAUGAUGAUGAUGAUGAAGAUGUGAUGAGUGGAACAAAAGUCCACGCCCCCCACCGCACCUCCUGGGGAACAUUAGAAUAUCACAAUGCCAUGGUUGUGGGUGUCGAAAACUCUGAAGGUGCCGAUCCACAGGUCCGAGUUUUGUACAUCCACCCAACACAUAAAUCUAUGAAACCUUGCCCUUUCUUCUUGGAAGAUAAGUGUCGGUUUAUGGAGAACUGCAGAUUCUCCCAUGGAGAGGUGGUAUUGGUGUCUGAGCUUCGUCAGUUUCAGGAAUCAGACCUCAGUUCUCUGGAAGUGGGAUCAUCCUGUUUAGCCAGACAUGAGGAUAGCAUCUGGUACCCAGCCACAAUUACAGAUAUUGACAGCGGUUACUACACUGUCAAAUUUAAUUCACUUCUGCUGAAGGAGGCAGUGGUGGAGGGGGAUGGUAUAAUCCCACCAAUGAGAAGAGAGGAGGAAUCUUCAUCGGACUCAGACAAUGAGGAGCUGGGCGAGAAUUCAGCCUAUGCUAAAGUGGUAGAUUCUCCAUCCACAGAGACAGAGGGGUUGACCUCUUCCUGUAGCUCAGGAUUUGCAGGCUGGGAGGCUCACACUAGAGGCUUUGGCUCCAAACUGAUGGCGAAGAUGGGCUAUGAAUUUGGGAAAGGUUUAGGGAAAAACGCUGAGGGGAGAGUGGAGCCAGUCCAGGCGGUGGUCCUACCCAAAGGAAAAUCCCUGGACGAGUGUGCUGAACUCUUACAGAAGAAAAAGGAGGGAAAACCAAGAAAACGCAGGAGGAAAGGCAGAAAUGGGCCCGGCGCUUCCACAGAGCGGAAACCUAAACAGAACGUGUUUGACUUUUUAAAUGACAAGCUUGGUGCGGGAGGACACCGCGGUGGAUCUCAGACGGAGCCCCCUUCAGCUGUGAAGAGCAGUAAAGAGAGCUAUCAGGGGGGGAAGAACGCAAACAGGUCUCUCAAUGUCAGACUCUUUCAAACUACAGAGAGAGUUGAGCAGAUACAAAAGGAAAUAAGUCGCAUAAUGGAAUCUCUUACCCGGAAUGUUGGAAGGGAUAAGGCAAUGACCACUCGCUUGGAAGAGAAGCUGUGUAGUGCCAGGAAGCAGCUGGAACAGUUCAAAGCUCAGGAGGUCAGUAUUCAGAACGAACAGAGGAAAGUGAACACACACAAGAAGAUGACCACAUUUUGACUGCUGUAUUUUUUAUUUUUUUAAUGCCAGAACUUUUUUUUCUUUGGCAGACAAUACUCUGUAUUUCAUAUUUCCCGUCUGUCGCCACAUUUUUUGUUUUUGGAUAUCCUUGGGAAUCUGUCUGCCACAGAUAGUACUGCAGGUAUAAAUGUUGAAAGAAUUGGUUGUUUCACUGUUGCAUUUUCUGGAAUGCCACACUCUUUGCUUGUGGAUAGUGCUGUGCGUUACUCAUGAGAGCAUGUACACAUCUGGGUUUUAUUUAGCAAUUGGAAAUGUAUGACUGAAUUUGGACAAUGAAGUCAUCCACAAGUAACAAGCAUUACCAAUAUUUAUCCAGAAACUUUUUUUCUUCUUUUCUUUUUUAAAUCAAAAUUGUCAUAAAAUCUAGAGAAAGUGGUCUUUUGAAAUCUGUACAGUUGUAUUUAUGAUAUUAUUAAACAUGAAAACAUGUCGAAACUCAAAUCUCUACAGUGUUUUCUGUUGCACUUACAUUAUAUAGCCCUGUGUUGAAUACUUAUUCUUAAUUCUACAUUAAAAUAUCAUUUCUUGGUAGUUCAGCCAUUUCUACAAACAUUCUCAGUGUUAGAAUAUGUAAUACUAAAAGAAACAUAACACAAUGCUACUCAUAGAAUUCCAUUAAGUGUCUUUCACUAUUACUUUAUUAUUCCUUUGUGGUGUUAGAUACAAAUUAAACUGAAGUUUCUUUCAGCUUAUUAGUUUUUCAUAACUGCAGUGCAGUGUUGCUGCCAGGCUGGUCAUUUCUAGAAGAGAAUAGAUCCAGCUGUCCAGUUCUUUGCUUUGUGGUUUGCUUCAUUAUCCAGUCAAUGGACUAGUCAGAGCAGUGGAGCUGACCAACUUCAGCAUCACCCUGCCUGCUCACUCUGUGUUUCAGACCAGCCUGUCAGGCAACUGUCUCAUCCAGUACCAGAGCCAUAUGACACCAACUUAAAAAGUAUAUUUUUUAAUGGUUUAUGUAAUUAGAAAGCAAGAGUAUUGACGAGGAUGAGGUUUAUUCAACUUGUUUCACACCUUGAUCAAGCACUCCCCUUGAUCAAUACUACUGAGAGACGAAGAGGAAAGUGAGAAUAUAGUAUAUGAAUGGAUGUAUUAAAGGUUUUACCUUGUCAGUUAUCUUGAGUGGUUGAGUUGGUUCUGAGUUUUAUUAAUUGAAAGGAAAGAUUUUAAAUGCGUAAUGAAACUAUAUGUUAAUAAUUUUGCUUUCAAUUAAAAGAGCACUUUUAUAAUAAAAGCAGCACAGGACACUAAAACAUUAGUAGUUACAUGUACUACAGUAUUAUAGUCCUGAAGAAAACGUCAGGACAAAACAGUUGUAAUAUUUGACAAAACUGCACAGAGCACCAUUCUCCCUGCCCUGUUACUGCUUGUGCUGGAAGAGAGAGGGACUACACUCCAGCCAUCCCCUGUCUGUGUGUUUCUUCAGAACACUGAUUCGGGAUAAAGCUAGGUGUGUCAUUUUAUUACAAUAACUGUUAAUAUAGACUGUGUUAAAGUUUUGAAAGUCAUGUGAUUGCCUGUUGGUGCUGCCUUGGGCUUUUUGAUUGGAUAAGGUUCUCCGACAUACAACUGAUGGUCUGAAGACACUUGUAUUUCAAUAUACAGUUUGUGCGAAGAGACUUAUGAAUUGUCACCAGCCUUAGACCUUACAUCAGCAUAAGCCUCUUCUAUAAUUUGACACUGAUUUAAGUCGUUUUAAUACAGAGUUGUUUAUUUUUUUCCAAAAUUCUGUACAUUUGUAAUUCAUAUUCUUUUAAGAUGCUGUAGAUGUUAUGUGAAUAUGUGCAGCAUUGAAAUGCUUAAUAAAUAUUACUUGAUCUAGCAAA